UCUCCAUAUCUGUCGCAGUGUCUGCCAGCCAAUCAGCUCUUCGCUCUGCACCCCCUCUGCUCCCUCCUCCUCCUCUUCCUCAACGGCCCGCUGCUGCCUCUCUGGCUCAGAAAUAUUGCAUCGGUCAGCUGCUGAUCACAAAGUGACGGAACAAAGGUCUCCAACUGCUCUCCGUGAGUGCACCAGCCAACAUGUCGGUCGAGGCAGAGUUCAAGAAAGUGGCAGAGGAGGUGAAGAAGGUGAAUACACAGCCUACGAACGAUGAGCUGCUGAUCCUGUAUGGUCUGUAUAAACAGGCCAUAGUCGGAGACAUUAACACCGAUAGACCAGGAUUGCUGGACCCAACAGGAAAAGCCAAGUGGGACGCUUGGGAAUCCAGGAAAGUUCAUCCGUUUGCAUCAGAAACAGAGUUUAAAGCCACUGUGGACAUUGUGAGGAAAUUCAGGGAAGGUGUCGGCAAAGAGCUGCACCAGAAACUGCUGCAGAGAGCCCAAGAUAAGAGGAACUGGCUGGAGGAAUGGUGGUUAGACACAGCGUAUCUGGAAGUCCGGAUCCCCUCUCAGCUGAAUGUGAACUUUGGAGGUCCCGGGCCUUACUUGGAGCAUUUCUGGCCCCCUUCUGAAGGAAACUCUCUGCAGAGGACCAGCGUUGUCACAUGGCACACGCUGCAGUACUGGGACCUGCUCCGCACGGAGAGACUUGCUCCACAAAAAGCUGGGAAAACUCCAUUAGACAUGGAUCAGUUCAGGAUGCUCUACUCCACCUGCAAAGUACCUGGAGUGAAGAAGGACACCAUUCGUAACUACUUCAAGACAGUGAGCGAGGGGCCGUGUCCUUCCCACCUGGUGGUGAUGUGCCGCGGUCGGAUCUUUACUUUUGAUGCACUUUUUGAUGGACAGAUCCUAAGUCCUCCAGAGCUCCUCAGGCAGCUUAGCAUUGUGAAGCAGCGCUGUGAAGCAGAGCCGGAGGGAGAUGGAGUUGCUGCACUCACAUCCGACGAGCGGACUCGCUGGGCGAAGGCAAGAGAACAUCUGAUAAGCAUUGAUCCACACAAUAAGAUGAUACUGGAGACCAUUCAGAGCAGCAUGUUUGUCAUCUCUCUGGAUGAGUCCAAGCCCUACUCGAGUCCAGAGAACUACACAAACCUGACGGCAGCAGCCCUAACAGGCAACCCGAGCAUCCGGUGGGGGGAUAAAUCCUAUAACUCAAUUGCUUUUUCAGACGGCACCUUUGGAUCCACCUGUGAUCAUGCGCCAUAUGACGCUAUGGUACUGGUGUCAAUGUGUUGGUAUCUUGACCAGCAAAUCAGAGCCACAAAGGGACAAUGGAAGGGCUCAGACAAAGUCAGGCAGAUCCCCCUUCCUGAGGAGCUGCUGUUUACUCUGGAUGAAAAAGCCUACGAUGACAUUCAUCAUGCCAAACAGCAGUAUCUGGAGUCUACCCAGGACCUUCAGAUCGUGUGUUACGCCUUCACAGCAUUUGGAAAAUCAGCCAUCAAACAGAGGAAGUUGCAUCCAGACACCUUCAUCCAGCUGGCAAUGCAGCUUGCUUACUACAAAUUGCACAAUAAGCCAGGAAGCUGCUAUGAAACAGCAACGACACGCAGGUUUUACCACGGCAGGACAGAGACUAUGCGACCAUGCACCCAGGAGGCUGUGAACUGGUGCAAAGCCAUGAUGGACCCUGCAUGUGAUGUGAAUGCCAGGAGGACAGCCAUGCUCUCAGCUUUUAAUAAACACAACAGACUGAUGUCGGAGGCUCAAGAUGGAAAUGGUUUUGACAGACAUCUUCUUGGGCUUUAUCUCAUUGCUAAAGAAGAAGGACGUCCCACCCCUGAGCUGUUUUCUGACCUUCUCUACUCAAGGAGUGGCGGCGAUGGCAACUUUGUGCUGUCGUCCAGUCUGGUGGGCUACACCAGUGUAAUGGGGGCAGUGGCUCCGAUGGUUCACUAUGGUUACGGCUUCUUUUACCGCAUCAGAGAUGACAGGAUUGUGAUCUCCAUCACAGCUUGGAAGUCCUGCCAUGAGACGGAUGCAGCCUCACUCUUCAAUACCUUCUCUAGCUCCAUGCAUGAGAUGCUCCAUCUGGCCACCAAGUCUCAGCUAUAAGUACUCGUCCCAAAAAAAAGAAUUUAUCCGUUUAAUUUCUUCUCUUCUUCUUCUGUGCAUGUGCAGCUCAGACUGAGGUCAUACUGGCGGCUCGAUCAGUACAAAUCAAUGCAAAGGAGCAGAAUCUGCACCACUAAAUGAGCUGAUUGUAGAACCCUUUUUCUUUUUCCGGUAGACUUUAUUUUUUGUUUCUAAAUAGUUUUUGAGUGUUAAUUUGUAUUGAAUUUAGCAAAAAAAAUAGAAGCAAUGUUUGCCUGUUAGACUCUUGGCCAUAUUUUAGCCUUGAAAGGCAGUUUUGAAUGCUACUUUUACUGAUCCUGGAUGGCAGAUCUUGAAUCAGCCUUCGUAUUAGUAUAAUAUAAAAGGUUCAAGCUGUGAAGUCAAUAGUCUCCAUCUGGACAGCUGAACAAAUCAAGUGUUUUUUUGUCCAAAUAUUCCUAUUGUUCCUGGACUCAAAUGAAGCCUAGCAGCUCAUUAAAUGAACACAAUGAUCAAUUCUAUAAAAUCAUCAGGAACCUCCUCACUCGACUGUCUUCUCUAAAGGAAUACAAUGGUUUAAGGAAGAGGGCAGCUAAUAUAUUUUUACUAUUAAUGUUGUAAAACUUCACUCUAAUGAUUUUAGUUGCUAAAUCAGACUAAAGUUGAUACAGAUAUGUUUUAAAAUAUUCACGCCUUAAAAUGGACUGAACUGAGGUUCCACACAUUUGCCUUGUUUUAAUGUUCUCAGAUCUGUGAAUAUGCAAACUGCCUCUACCUCUAAUUCAUGCUAAACAGGCAGCAGCCUUACCUUUGAUCACUGAUAGAUGGAUUCAUGAUGACUUUAAACUUAAAGGGGACAAAUCAUGCCUUUAAAUCAUUCAGUUAUGGAACUGGAAUGCUUUAACCCAUUCGGCCAUUUUUGUAGUUUAAUAACAGAGAUACAAUUAUCAGAAAAUAUUAAUUUCCAAAUUGAUUAAAAGAUGUUAACAAAGCAACACUUGUACGUCCAGCCUUAAAUGUUCGAGCCAGUCUGACCCAGAGCGAUAGAAGAAUAAAAACGACGAAUCUGCAGAACCACGGCUUCAAAUGAAUGCAUCGCAACAGUGUGUUAUUACUGGAUUUACACCCUCUCCGCCCAUACCAAGCAACUGAGCAUAGAUUAAUCUUUGAAGAGGUUCUGAUGCUGGGGGGUGCAUUGAAAUGUGUGGGUUAAUACACCCAGCAACCGAACCAAACGUAUCCACCUGUAGCUUCAGCAUAUUUGAGCUGGGACUACAAAAUCGCAGCGAGAAAUAAAAAUGGCGGAUAUGCAAAAUUGGUUAGCCGGAAGUCCAUGACCUUGUUUAGCUGUCCUACAGCAAAUACUGUGAGGUAACAGUUCAAAAAACAUAAUUGCGAAUAGAGAAAACAGAACAUACUGAAGAAUAUGAUCCAAAAAAUAUAGAUAUCUAUGCAACGCCUGGAGAGACUAAAUUCAACUGUUCUGCACUCCUACAGAUUCCAAGAACACAACAAAAUGUGUUUAAGGGUUUUGCAUAUGUUCCCUUUAAUAAAAUAAUUUAAAUUAUACAUUUUUAGAAGUGUGGCUAUUUUAAGGUUGAAGUUAUCCACAAAAGGUUUGUCUUCCAGUCUUUGGGAGGUUGCUGCAAAUAAGGAAUAUAUACCAGAUACCCCUUGAACGUUCACAUAUUUCAUCAUGCUAAAACUACAAACUGUAUUAUAGUUGGAUUCCCUGUGACAAAAUAAUGCAGAGUAAGACAAAUACAAAUGCAACCCACACUUCUUAGAUUAAACUUUUUAUCCACCUCUAAAGUAUUUACUUUGUGUUGGUCCAUCUCAGAGAUCUGCAACCUCUAUCCAUAUUUUCGCCCUCCAGAUAAAUAAACUGGUUUAGAGUAGGGAUGCACAGAUUGCGGUUUUCUGGCUGAUCACAAUCUUUAAAAAGCCUGACCUACCGAUUCAGGUUUUGGCUGAUACCAAUUUUUUUUUUUUUUUAAUAACUGACACUGUCAGUUGUUAUAAUACACCUUCAAAGUUCCAAUUUUAUUUUAUUCAAAAACAAUGAACAAUACCUGUGAAACAAUACAAACUUCUUUUAACUGCACAUGAGAUCGUGAUCUCAAAUACAAAUAAAACGUUUAGAGCGCUGCAGUUCCUCUAGUCUUUCAAUUUUCAAAUUUUAAAAAGAAACAAAACUUGCCAAAUAGGUUUGACAAGUAGAAAAGAUGAGUGGAUAAGAUUGGUUUCACGUUUAAGUAUCGAUCAAUCAGUGCACCCCUUGUUUAGCGUUGCAUGACGUCUGGGAAAAAAAGACAACUUCCACUUUUUGACAAAUCUUUUCUAUAAGACGUUUGUUGUAAAUUUUAACUAACCAUUCUUUUCUAUUUUUAGGUUUUAAAAUAAAGAAAAACAUUAAAGUUUUGAAAAAAAAAAGUGGACGGAUACAGUUUCUUCUAUGGGAUGUUACUAUUUUUGGAGAAUGAGGUUUCCAACCUGAAGAUAGGAAAAAUAUAUUACAGGUACUUUUAGUGUCAUUCUGUUGAAAUUCUGUGCAAUUAUUCCAUGCAAAAACUGCUAAAACCUGCAUUUGCUAUUAUAUGCAUAUUUAAAAACAGUUGGCAGUUAUUUUAGUUAUUCAGUUAUUAAGAGCCGUACGCUAUCCCAUUAAAUCCCAGCGAAAUACAUUGUAGUUUGUGGUUGAAAAGUCAAGAAGGGUAGGAAUAAUUUUGCAAGUGUGUACAACUUGAGAAGCUGCAUUAAGAUGUUUUCUGCGUCGUUUACCGAACUAAAACCUCAUUAGCUGUUUCAAACAGAAUGCUGAAUGUCAUUCUUGGGUUUCUAAAUGGCUACUGAAAAAUAUCCCUGACUUGUGAUUUCAACACUGUCCUCUAAGCUUUUGUAAAUUUCAUAAUUAAUUCACUUUUUGUUUAAACUCUGAACUCGUUUAUUGGAAGGAAAAAGCUGAUUAUGUAUGUAGAUACAGUAAUUUGUUGUAAAAAAUGCUUUGUCAAAUAAACAUGAGAAUCAGA